CUGAUUUAUUUGAAGGCAGCAUCAAGCUCGAUAGCUAUGGUGGAGAAGUUGGUGCCCUGCACUGCCGUGUUUUUGUCCAAAAAGUAAAUGUCACUCCCUGGCAGAGGGGAUUUUUAAAGCUAUGAAUUUUUGUAAUGCUUUCCGAGCACAGAUUGGGUGCAGAGCGCUUCAGCUCAGCCGUGUUCACCGUGUUUGUCAAGCUAAGAAAACUCUUUGCACAAAACACGAUGAGGUGAAACUGGCAGAAGAGGCAAGCAAAAGGUUUUCAGCUCCAACCAUCUUCUCCAAAGUGAUUGACAAAAGCAUCCCUGCAGAUAUCAUUUAUGAAGACCAUAUGUGUUUGGCGUUCAGAGACAUCAGUCCACAGGCGCCCGUCCACUUCCUGGUUAUUCCCAGGACCCCCAUUCCACGAAUAAGUGCUGCUGAAGAUGCAGAUGCAGAGCUUCUGGGACAUUUGCUGGUUGUCGCUAAAAACGUGGCGAAGCAGGAAUCCCUGAGUGACGGGUACCGAGUGGUGAUCAAUGACGGGAAGCACGGCGCCCAGUCGGUCUACCACCUCCACGUCCACGUCCUGGGGGGGAGACAGAUGAAGUGGCCUCCAGGAUGAGUCUCACUUCAGGAUUCUGGAGCGUCCGAUUGACAACUUUACCUUUUCAAAGCCUCGACAUUCAAAUAUUUUGUGCUGACAUAAAUUGUAAAAAUCAAAAGUGAGAAUAAAUCCAGCUGCAAAUGAA